CAUCACAUGUUCACUCAUCACAACAAUUCCUGAUCCAUUGAACCUCACAUCUUCAAUACCUUUACAAACCUUGCCACACAGGCUCAACGCUUUACUCCAGAAUUCAUCAUUUACCAUGGCCCCUCCCAACAACAACCCCAACGGCUACUACGUCGAGUCCUUCCCCGCCCCCGGCCUCCGUCAAAUCGUCCGGCACAUCACCGGCCUCAACGAGCAGGGUGAAUCCGUCUUUCUGCACUCCGACCACGGCGACCACCACCGCUUCAUGGUCCAGAACCAAGCUAUCUCCAACCUGCUGUAUUCCACGCAAGAGACGCCCGUCGAUCUCAACAACAACAUUGAUAUUCAAAAGGCUAAGGAGAAGGAGCCCCCCUUCCACUACAAAUCCGGCUCCAUAGUGCGCAUGAUCGAUUUCGGCCCAGGCGUCGAGUCCCCCCUCCACCGAGCCAUGACGAUCGACUACGGCAUCAUUGUCGAAGGCGUGUUCGAGUUGAUCCUAGACUCGGGCGAGAAGCGGAUCAUGCGUCAGGGGGAUGUAAGCGUGCAAAGAGCGACGGCGCACAAGUGGGUGAAUGUCACGGGGAACGGGACGCUACCCGGGAGGGUGAUGUGGGUGUUGUUGGAUUGCAAGGAGGUGGUGGAUGCAAAGGGGGAGAAGGUCGAGGGGUAUUUGGGAAGCUUGCAGGAGCAUUAUGAGGGGCGGUAGAAUACUUACUUACCCAAGAUGGGCACUCAUCUCAUAGGUAGUUUGGUUUGGCG